UUGCGUGAGGUUGCAUUCGGUUGGUUGUGUUCCGGUGUGUGCAUCGUGGUGUUGGCUGUUGUUUCGCUUGUGAAUAAGUAUAAUUCAUUUGUAAGAUUUGUUACAAAAACAUUCAGAAUGGCCCAGAGUAAACUGAAUGACUUGGCUGGACGUUUUGCCAAAGGGCCUAAAGGCGUAGGAACAGGACUGAAAAUUUUGGCUGCGGCCGGUGCGGCUAGUUACGGCGUGAUUCAGUCCAUGUACACAGUUGAAGGUGGACACCGUGCUAUCAUAUUCAGUCGUAUCGGAGGUGUACAGGAGGAAGUGUUUGCUGAAGGACUGCAUUUCAGAAUUCCAUGGUUCCAGUACCCCAUCAUAUAUGAUAUCCGGUCACGACCCCGCAAAAUCUCUUCCCCAACAGGAAGCAAGGAUCUGCAGAUGGUGAACAUUUCUCUGCGAGUUCUGUCACGUCCAGAUGCUGUCAGGUUGCCAAGCAUGUACCGCCAGCUGGGUUUGGAUUAUGAUGAGAAAGUUCUUCCUUCAAUCUGCAACGAGGUACUGAAGAGUGUGGUCGCCAAGUUCAAUGCAUCACAGCUCAUCACACAGCGGCAGCAGGUGUCCCUGCUGGUGAGGCGUGAACUGACAGAACGAGCCAGAGACUUCAAUAUCAUCUUGGAUGAUGUGUCCAUCACAGAACUGAGUUUUGGCAAGGAAUAUACAGCUGCUGUUGAAGCCAAGCAGGUUGCGCAACAGGAAGCACAGCGUGCAGCGUUCGUUGUGGAGCGUGCCAAACAGGAGCGCCAGCAGAAGAUUGUCCAGGCUGAGGGAGAGGCAGAAGCUGCCAAAAUGUUGGGACAGGCAGUGUCACAGAACCCUGGUUACUUGAAGCUGCGCAAACUCCGUGCUGCGCAGAGCAUCUCCAGGACGAUUGCCAACUCGCAGAACAGAGUGUUCCUGAAUGGAAACAGCCUCAUGCUUAACAUCAAUGAACCAACAUUCGAUGACUUGAGUGAGAAGUUGAAAAGCGGAGGCACUGUGAGGUCGACGGGUGAUGGAGACACCAGCUCAGUUGUUUUGGACUCAGCAAUGGGCACUGCCACAGGCUUGUAUAGACAUUAAUGUGUUGCACUUCAGAGUCGCAGUGAUUGUGGCUGCACAGCAGCAGUGAGAGAAUUUGAAGAGUCUUCAUCUGUUGGUGACACCGAUAGACCAAUGUGACUCCAAAAUCAAUAGACAUUAUCUAAUUUGGAUUAAUUGUCUGAAGUUUCUUUGCCUAUAGUUUUGAAUUUGAAAGAAGUUACGAUCGUAUUAACCUGUUGGUAACACUGUGAUUCAGAAUCUGGUUUUCUAGGCAAGUGUUCUUCAGCAUCAGACAAGUGGUAUAUGAGUUUAUGUGGUAAGCACCACAGUUUUCUGUCUUCAUUUGUUGGCAGCAUAUGAAUGUGACUCAGCAUGAAACUUUAUAGUGAACCUUUGUUGAAGAUGUGUACCAAAUUUUGUGAUAGUCCGCACAUCAGUGCAUUUGAUACAGCAUCUGUAGUCGAUGGGCCUACAGCAGACUAUUUGUGAUUCACUUGCAAUGUCCUAUCUUCACAUCUGCGGUUGGACAGGAAACCCUGAAUUUGUUGUAAUUUGAGGAUAGGGAUAUGACAUUUUUGGCUGACAGAACCUUUGAUGCUUUUAAAUGGCACAUGACCUUUUCCAUUCUUCUCUGUAUGAACCCUUGUGUCUCUGUGCCCACUAUUUCCUUGCUGUCUUUUUCAUAUCUCUCCCUCGCUUGGUGUCAGUAUCUUUGCUUAGUCUUCCCAUUGGUCAUUUAUUGAUCGUUUGGAGAUCAUCAAUGUGGGUUUCAACGUAACACAUCAAGUACUGAUGAGAUCUUUUGCUUUUGUCAGAUACUGGAGAAAAAAAAAUUGGAGUACAGUGAGACAGUACAUCAGCUAUUCACAGACUUCAAGAAAGCC